AAAAAAAAGAGACAUAGCAGUUUCAAGGUAUGUGCUGCGUUGGUGUUCUUUAUGUUGUUGUGGGCACUCUGGAGACAAGGAAUACCAACCAAAAUAAUUUGGUUUGAUUAAAUUUUCUUCUUUCUUCAUCUUGUUCUUCUUCUUUCUUGUUAAAUCUUAUCAUGGGAUUGUAGAAAAACAAGGAAAAGAGCCAUUUCUCUCUCUCUUUCUGAUCUGGAUAGCUAAAGAAAAAAGAGUUCAUCAGUUAUAUUUAACAUUGCAUUUGUUCUUCUCUUCUUCUAAAAUGUCGGCAUUUUAGCUAGCAGCAGCUGUCUCCAAGUUCCUCUCUUUCUCUUUUCUUGUUAAAGAAACAACUUCUUCAGCUAUCUGCUUCUUCUCAUUAUCAACAUGUCUGCUAAAUCCAAAUCUGGUUUGUCUGAAACUCCUAGCAAGGCUUCACCAGCAACACCUAGAGUGGCAAGUAAAGUAAGCAGGGGACUGGCUAAAUCAGAACCUGAUUCACCCUCUCCCUUGCAGACUACUCGCCACUCAGUUGAACGAUCCCCGCGAUCAUCCCUUAACUCAAAGGCUACAAUUGAUCGUAGAUCACCAAAGGUUGCCACGCAGCCUGAAAAACCACAAACACGGGUGGGUAAGGGAUCGGAAUUGCAGGCUCAAUUGAAUGUGUUACAGGAGGACUUAAAGAAAGCAAAGGAGCAAAUAUCUUUGAUUGAGAAAGAGAAGGCACAAGCAAUUGAUGAACUGAAAGAAGCACAGAAAGCAGCUGAAGAAGCAAAUGAAAAGCUUAGAGAGGCUUUGGUUGCACAAAAGCGAGCUGAAGAGAGCUCUGAGAUUGAGAAGUUCCGGGCUGUUGAGUUGGAACAGGCUGGGAUUGAGGCUGCUCAGAAGAAAGAUGAAGAAUGGGAGAAAGAAAUUGAAUCUGUGAGGAACCAGCAUGCUUUGGAUGUGGCUGCUCUUCUCUCUACUACUCAGGAGCUUCAAAGGGUGAAGCAGGAACUAGCCAUGACUUGUGAUGCAAAGAACCAAGCACUGAGCCAUGCUGAUGAUGCAACUAAGAUUGCUGAAAUCCAUGCAGAGAAGGUGGAGAUUCUUUCAGCUGAAUUGGUUCGGUUGAAGUCCUUGCUUGAUUCGAAGCGUGAAACGGAGGCUAAUGAAAACAAGGAGGUGUUAAGGCUUAAGGCGGAGAUAGAUUCAUUGAAACAAGAACUUGAGAAAGCAAAGACCCAUGAGGAGAAGUUGAUGAUGGAGAAAGAGGCUUUCAUUGAACAACUUAAUGUUGAUCUAGAAGCUGCGAGGAUGGCUGAAUCUUAUGCACACAAUGUAGUAGAGGAAUGGCAAAGUAGGGUUGAAGAAUUAGAAAUCCAGAUUGAGGAAGCAAAGAAGUUGGAAAGAUCUGCAUCAGAAUCUCUGGACUCAGUCAUGAAGCAAUUAGAGAGCAACAAUGAUUCAUUGCAUGAUGCAGAAUCUGAAAUUGCUGCUCUUAAAGAGAAAGUGGGAUUAUUGGAAAUGACAAUUGGUAGACAGAGAGGGGAUCUUGAGGAAUCAGAAUAUCAUAUUAAAUUGGCUAAGGAAGAAACUGCUGAAGUGGCAAAAUUGGUUGAAUCUCUGAAGACUGAGUUAGAAACAGUGAAGGAAGAAAAGACCCAAGCUUUAAAUAAUGAGAAGCUUGCAGCUUCUAGUGUUCAAACUCUUUUAGAAGAGAAAAACAAACUCAUUAAUGAGUUGGAAAACUCUAGGGAUGAGGAAGAGAAGAGCAAGAAAGCCAUGGAAAGCUUAGCUUCAGCCUUACAUGAAGUUUCUGCAGAAGCUAGGGAGGCUAAGGAAAAGCUGUUGUCCAGUGAAACUGAGCAUGAAAAUUAUGAGACCCAGAUAGAGGAUCUACGAUUGGUCCUGAAAGCAACAAAUGAGAAGUAUGAAACCAUGCUUGAUGGUGCAAAAAAUGAGAUUGAUCUUCUUACAAAUUCCAUUGAACAGUCCAAGAAUGAAUACCACAAUUCCAAGACUGAGUGGGAACAAAAAGAGUUGCAUCUUGUAAAUUGUGUAAAAGAAUCGGAAGAAGAAAAUUCUUCUCUGGAAAAAGAAAUUAAUAGGCUGGUAAAUUUGCUGAAACAAACUGAGGAAGAAGCUUGUGCAUCUAAGGAGGAAGAAGCUCAGUUGAAGGAAAGCCUAAAAGAAGUUGAAUCUGAGGUGAUUUAUCUGCAAGAAGCCCUGAAGGAGGUCAAGACUGAGAGCAUGAAAUUGAAGGAGAGUUUGUUGGAUAAAGAAACUGAAUUGCAGAGUGUCGUUCAAGAAAACGAGGAACUCCGAGCUAGAGAAGCUGCAUCUCUUAAGAAAAUGGAGGAAUUGUCUAAGUUGUUAGAAGAAGCUACAAUGAAAAGCCAAAGUGCGGAAAAUGGUGAUCUAACUGACAGUGAGAAGGACUAUGAUUUGCUGCCUAAGGUGGUUGAAUUUUCAGAAGAGAAUGGACAUGGAAGUGAAGAGAAGCCCAAGUUAGAGCUCCUAUCAGAACAACCUGAGGAGCCCAAAAAAGAAAAUUCUUUGGAGGUAAAUGAUGUCUCAAAAGAUGAAGCUCUUCAAACAGAUGGUGCCAAAGUGGAUAAUGUGAAUGGAAAAGUGAAAGAAGAUGAGACAAAAGGAAAAGAGGAUGAUUCAGUUGAAGUUGAGUUUAAAAUGUGGGAGAGCUGCAAAAUUGAAAAGAAAGAAUUUUCACCAGGAAGAGAACCUGAGCAAGAAUUCUUUGAGGAGGAAGUGGAGUCAAAGGUGGAGGGUAGUGAAGGCUUUGAUCAGAUAAAUGGUUCCACAGAAAGCAUUGAUGACGGGGGAAACUCACCAUCAAAGCAACAGCAACACAAAAAGAAGAAGCCUUUGCUCCGUAAAUUUGGAAGCCUACUCAAGAAGAAGGGAAGUAGCAACCAUAAGUAGAUAAUGAAAUCAGCCCAUGUCAUGACUUAGCCCUACCAGCAGGCAGGUAUAUUGGAUAAUAUCUUGCAUCUGAUGUGUUUGCUUCAUUUGUUUUGCUUCUAAUGUUCUCAAUAGGUUUAAAAUUGAAGAGGCUUGUAUCAUGUUUAGUUUUGUAAUUUUUUUCCUCUUUUAAAAUUUUUAAUUUGAUUCUCCAUGUUGGAUAGUAUCUUGUAUGCGAUGGAGAUAAUUCUUAAAUUUUUUUUGCUUGUUCUUCAUAUCUAAAAUUCAUGACGAAGAGUGAUGACUAAGAUGUAUUUCAAUGUGCUUUCUUUAUGUU